AUGGCAACCAAGCAUCUCCUCGCCCAUCUGGCUACAACACUCACUGCGAUCGGCGGAACUACCUACUUGAUCCGCAACCAAUUGGACUACAAUCUCGAAGAGCAAGAAGCGCGGUUUGACGAGGUAGAAGGGACCUUGAGAGGACAUAUUGGGUUGAUCGAAGAGGCCCUGGCACGGAUCGAGAAGAAAGUGGGAUCUGGAGGGAUUGGGAAAGGAGGGCUAGAGAACCGUGAAAUGUAUGAGCAGCGGGGGAAGGACGAUAGGAAGAAGUGA